UCCAAUAUGGCGUGUUUUGUACGUUACAGCGCAUUAUUUGGAAAAUUCCGUAUACAUACUCUUAAAAAUAAACGUCAUUUGCACAGUCGGAAUGAAAAUCUUCAAAAUACAGCUUUUAGAAAUAACCUGGAACAUUACCUUAGUGAACACGAGUAUAGUUUAGCAGCUGUUAAAAUAUACGGAAACCAUGAGCUGGAGGAGGAGGAUGAAAUAGUAUCUGAACCAUUCUCUGAAACUACAUUUUGGAGAUUUGGUUGGUACAAACUACACGAAAAAGCAAUCGAUUCAGGGGAUCUUAAAACAACGCUUAAAAUACUUGGAGCACGAUCGUCAACUAUUUUUGCCAAAGGAUACGAUGCCAUCGAACGUUAUUUAAGAAACAAGGGUGAAUUAUCAAAUUCACACGAAGAAGUGGCUUUUGCAGCAUUGCAAAGAUUUUAUUCAAACAAAGAGUAUCAUGAAAGCAGAUUGAUGAAAUUGCGACACAAAAUGUCGGAAACGCAUGUAGCAUCAAUCAUUUCACAACAUCUGCUCUCCCAGUUGCUCCCAUACCCAUCAAAUUACUUUUUGGAUAGUAUUCACACCAAAGGCAAAUCAGAUGGUUGUCCUUGUGGAUGUGGAGAACUUAUUCACUAUGGAAGCACACAGCUUGGUAGUCCUCAUCUCUUCUAUGGAUUUGUGGAUGUUGUUCUCAUACCCACAAACAGAAAUCUUUUUAUGGGUACAUCCUACAACAAAUCUGCUGUGUUUACAGUGAAAAAAACGACUGAUGAAAUAUAUGGUCAUAGAUUGAUAAACAAAGACUGGAUGAAGAGUUGUGACUUUAAUGAUGAUAUUGCAGCCGGUGAAUACAAAUCAGAAACAAAACUUCUAGAUGAAAAACAGUUGUGUAAACAAGCAAUAUCUGUAUCUCUUUGCCAGUAUCGGAAGUACUUAGAAUGUAGCAAAAUGGGGAAUGUUUCCUAUGUACCAAUGGUGCCAGUUUGUGCUAUAUCAAAUGAUUCCUAUGAAGUUGCUGUCUAUGAUCCUGAACAUGACUUUCUUUUAAAAUGCAACAAGCCUUUAAAUCUUUUUGAUGAUGACUUGCAAUUCCUCAAAUUUUCCACCAUUGUUGACUUGUGGCUAAUGAUUCAUCACAGUUUGUUUUGUAGCCAACCUGGUCAACAUGUGAUACAACAGUUAAAGGGAACUGCAAACCUCAUCCCACAGCUUGGGAAAAAAAGAUUUGAUAAAAUUGUGAAAAAUUCAAGUUUGAUGUAUUUACCUCAACUUCGUCAAAAAUCAAUCUCACAGGUCUCUGAAAAGAUCAUCAAAUUUGCUGAUGAAGAAGAGAAAGAAUAUGUUUUUGAUGACAGUCAUCAGAAGUCUUCAAAAGAAUAAAACAAGAAAAGAACAGACAUAUAAAAUAUUUUAAGAGACAGACCUGCUAGGCCAAUAAUUAUCAAACUUGCCACAAAGCUUUCUUGGGUUUAAGAGGAUUCAAGAUUGUUCAAAUGAAGAGCCAAAUUCCCUCUUUCAAGAGGAGACCUAUAAGAAUAAGUAUGGUGUGUGAAAAUUAAAUAGCAUCUUAAAAACCACUGGGCAAAUAACAUGGCAAAGUUAAAACUUUUAUGAAAGCUUUAUUACAUAGUAUAGAUCCAUGUUUUGCAUGUUCAAAAUAUGACCCCUGUCAUUGGAUGAGGAUCAAAUUUAUUCACAGUAACAUUUAGGAAAUAUCUUUUAAAAAAUCUUUGUCUCAAGAACAGCAAAGUCCUGAUUAGAAUGCGCUUGUACAUAAAUGGAUAUAUUACGGCCAUAGGUUGUAUUUUUUAUAUAUUAUAACUUAAUGCACUGAGAAUUUAAUAUAUUCAGAUUGUAUUGAUAGUUUUGUUCUAUUCAGAUUCUGUUACAUUUGAUUUAGUGUCUUUGAUUUAUAAAUAUUAACAUUAUACAAUAUUCUAAAAUGUCCCUUGUGUUGAACAUGAUUCACUACUGCAGAAAUUAUAGAAGCUAUAACUUAAGUUUAAAUUUACUUAUUGUUCUAAUGCUGGAGAACCUUAGACAGUUUUCAAUUACAAAAAAGUUUGAUUUUAUGUGAAACAUUUUUUUUUUAAUUUGAUAGGUAAUUAAGAAGUUAGGUAGAAUCUUUUUUAUACUUGUUUAGGAAGGAUUUAAUUGUUGUUAAAGUCAAGUAUAUAAUAUUUUCUUAAGUGUUUCUUAGACAGCUUUCAUUUAA